CUAUAAUAAGACCUGAAGCGGAAACGGAAAGCCUGCCGGCGGGAAAAUAAGGAAGCCAAGCAACGACUUCAAAAAGCUAAAACCACUCAAAAGCAAAAGCAAUCUCUCUCUCUCUCUCUCUCUCUCUCUCUCUCUCUCUCAUAUAGGAGUUUAUAUAUUUACCAAAGCAUAUACACACACAUGUGGUGGUGUAUGAACUUAUAUAAUUAUCAGGAAGAAAAAGCAGCAAAAGAGCAAAGGAGAAGGAAAGCCUGAAAAUCUCUCUUUGUUUCUUAUUGCCCCAAUCCUUUUCCAUUGCCAUUAAAAGGAAUCAGUGCGAGAGAGAGAGAGAGAGAGAGAGAGAGAGAGAGAGAGAGAGAGAGAGAGAGAGAGAGAGGAACUUCUUGUGUGAGAAGGAAAGUACCCUGUUUUAGAUCUACAUGAUCAGCUUCUUCGAGUUCCUGUUGAAACAAAAAGAGAAAAGUGGAAUUAAUCCAUUAACUAUUUCCUUGCUCCUCCAUUGAAGCUGUAUGUAAUGGGAAGAUAAUCGCGAAAAGUGAUGCGAAAAUGGAUGAUGCCACAGCAAACAGCACCAUUGACCGGUAUGCCAAGUUCAAGAAGGGCUCUUGGUUCAAUCAGUUCUGGUAUGGCUCCAACCCAUGGAUGGCUAGAUAUGUCUACGGCUUAAUGUUUCUUGUUGCAACUUUGCUUGCGUGGGCUGUUCGUGAUUAUGGCCAUACAGCAUUGAAGGAAAUGGAAAGACUCAAGGAAUGCGAAGGUGGCAAAGAAUGUUUGGGUACAGAAGGCGUUUUGCGUGUGAGCUUAGGAUGUUUUAUUUUCUAUUCCAUAAUGUUUCUCUCUACGGUUGGUACCUCAAAAUUGAAUGUAGUUAGAGAGUUAUGGCAUUCCGGAUGGUGGUCUGCCAAGAUUCUCCUGAUGAUUGGACUUACAGUGGUUCCCUUUUUUGUUCCUUCAACUGUUAUUCGACUUUACGGGGACGUAGCACAUUUUGGUGCCGGGGUCUUCCUAGUGAUUCAGUUAAUAAGCAUCAUCAGUUUCAUUAAAUGGCUUGACGAUUGUUGUCAAUCGGACAAAAAUGAAGACAAAUGCCGAAUUCAUGGGAUGUUACUUGCAACGACUGCGUACGUGGUUUGCAUAAUGGGGAUCAUUCUGAUGUACAUUUGGUAUGCCCCAGCGCCAUCUUGCUUUCUGAACAUUUUCCUCAUCACCUUCACAUUAGCAAUCCUCCAAUUCAUGACCAGUAUCUCGCUCCACCCGAAAGUGAAUGCUGGCCUCUUGACUCCAGGGUUUAUGGGGCUUUAUGUGGUUUUCCUCUGCUGGUGUGCCAUUAGAAGCGAACCUCCAGACUCAAAGUGCAUCAAGAAAGUUGAAGCUGCAACCAAAUCAGAUUGGCUUUCCAUCAUAAGCUUUGUUAUUGCGGUUCUUGCAAUCGUUAUUGCGACGUUUUCAACAGGCAUCGAUUCCCAAUGCUUUCAGUUUACGAAGGAUGUGAAAGAGAAAGAGUCUGAAGACGAUGUACCAUAUGGUUUUGGCUUCUUCCAUUUUGUUUUUGCCACAGGAGCCAUGUAUUUUGCAAUGCUGCUCAUUAGUUGGAACAGUCAUCAUACCACGAAAAAGUGGACAAUUGAUGUCGGUUGGACCAGCACUUGGGUCAGAAUACUGAAUGAAUUGCUGGCUGCUUGUCUUUAUGCAUGGAUGCAGGUAGCUCCAAGUGUAUGGAAAAGCAGACAAACAGCUGGAUCAGUUUAAUUACGAAUUCUUGAGGAAUAAUUUUUUUUUUUUUGCCAAGUUUGUCCUCAAUCUUGUGUUGUGCAUAGAAGAACUGGGUCUCAGCAGAUGGGAGGCAAAGAACUUUAGGCAUACUUUUUUCAGGGCUAGAUUUGACCUGAUCUGUUUCAAUUCCCUAAUGUAUAAUGAACACUCCUGUACUUGUAGCCUUGCACACUGCAUGUUGACUAGACAUGCAUUUCAUUCA